AUGUCACAGCCAAGGCAAAACGAGAUGAUGAGUCCAAACCUUGUCAGACAAGUUGGUGACACAACCUAUACUAAGAUCUUUGUUGGAGGAUUGGCUUGGGAGACUAAGAGAGACUCUCUCAAACGCUAUUUUGAUCAGUUUGGGGAGAUCUUAGAGGCGGUUGUCAUCACGGACAGAGUCACUGGAAGAUCAAAAGGAUAUGGCUUUGUGACCUUCAGGGACCCAAAUUCUGCAGCAAGGGCUUGUCUGAAUCCCUAUCCUGUGAUUGAUGGAAGAAGAGCUAAUUGUAAUCUUGCAGCCCUUGGUGCCCAGAAAUUUGAUCCAUCUAUAUCAGGAAGAGAAAAAUUCAGUAGCCCUUCAUGGAAUAUGGCAGCAGUCCCAUUGCAAGGCACCUCCACUUAUUAUAACCAACACAUACCUCACUAUCCAUUUCCAUAUCCAGUCUACAGGUAUCCUGGUUUUACACACCCACAAGACUUGUUUGAAAUGAACUACAAUAAUGCAUAUGGUGGACAGCAGUUUCCAAUCCGCUGGUAUCCAGCGUAUUGGCAACCCUUCUAUGGCCUUAGUAAACAGAUUAUUCCAACAGCCUAUGCGAAAAAGGCCAUCCCUGACAUGUCGCCUCAGGACCUCACAGUUGUUCGCUUUUCAGAACCUAUUCCAGCUUCUCCCUCAAUUCCCAGCACUGGAUUAGUCACCGGAACAGUACCUGCCACAGGAGUUGUAGAAUCCCCCCAAGAACAGAACUCUUCAACUACUUAA